CCCAGGCAGCAGCCGGCCGCCGGGGUCUGAGCGGCGCGGAGCGGCCCAGCCCGCUCCCGAAGCGCUGCCCCCGCCCUGCCCGGGCCCGCCCCGCUUCCCACGCCGCCCGGCCGAGCCCGCGCGGGAGCCACCUGGAGCCGCCCGGAGCCGCCGCCACCGCAGGUUGAUGCGCGGCGCCCUCCCGGGACGCGCAGAGGAGCCAUCUUGAAACCAACUUCACAAACUUUCGCAAAGUGCUCUCGAGGUGGAAGCUGCGGGGGAGACCGGGAGCGCGGCCCCCGGUGUCCCCGCCGGGGCCCCCGGGGAGGCAGGGCGCGGGCCGCCCCGAGGGCCCGGCGCCGGGCGCGCAGGAGCCCUCCCCCGGCCGCGCCGGGUGCAUGCGGAGCCGCGCCGGGUGCAUGGAUUGUGCUCGGGCGCCCGGCUCGGGCUCGGGCUCCGGGCCAUGGCGCCGCCGCCGCAGCCGGCCGUGCUGCCCGCGCUGCUGCUCCUGGCUGCGGCCGCCGCCCUGCCCGCGCUGGGGCUGCGAGCUGCCGCCUGGGAGCUGCGCGUGCCCGGCGGCGCCCGCGCCUUCGCCCUCGGGCCCGGCUGGACCUACGCGCUGGACGCUGCGCGCACGCCCCGGGCGCUGCGGGAGCUGCUGGACGUGAGCCGAGACGGGCGACUGGCGGGGAGGCGGCGCGGGCCGGGCGCGGGGCCCCGGGGCUGCGUGCGCCUGGGGGGGCGCCCGCUGCCGCUGCUCGUCCGCCUGACCGCCCGCGGCGCCCCGACGGCACUGAGCCUCCGCCUGAGGGUGCGCGCGCACGGCCCGGGUUGCGCCGCCCGGCCCCGCAGCCGACGGGCCCCCAACGCUGAGCUGCGGGCGCGGGCUGUGCUCACCGUGCCGGGGCCCGGCGCGGCGCUCUGCUUCCCGGCCUCGGGCGGCGGCGGCGGCGGUGGCGGGGCCACGCUGCACUCGGCACUCGCGGCCCUGACCACAUUCCCCGCCUGCAGCUGCCCGCCGCGCCCCGGCCCCCGCUGCCCACGCCACCCCGUCUGCCUGCCGCCCGGGGGCUCGGCCCGCCUGCGCCUGCUGUGCGCCCUGCGGCGCGCGGCCGGCGCCAUCCAGGUGGAGCUGGCGCUGGAGGCGGCCGCGGGGACGCCCUCCUCGUCGCUGUCGCCGUCGCCGUCGCCGCCGAGCCGGCCCCAAGCUGGGGCCGGGGGCCCGCGGCGGGCUCGGCGGGGCGCUGGCGGCAGCACGACCCCGCAGUUCCCGCUGCCUAGCUACCAGGUAUCGGUGCCCGAGAACGAGCCAGCGGGCACCGGGGUCAUCGAGCUGCGCGCGCACGACCCGGACGAGGGCGAGGCGGGGCGCCUGAGCUACCAGAUGGAGGCGCUGUUCGAUGAGCGCUCCAACGGCUACUUUCUCAUCGACCCCGUCACGGGCGCGGUGAGCACGGCCCGCGCACUGGACCGCGAGACCAAGGACACGCACGUGCUCAAGGUGAGCGCGGUGGACCACGGCUCACCGCGGCGCUCGGCCGCCACCUAUCUCACCGUCACGGUCAGCGACACCAACGACCACAGCCCCGUCUUCGAGCAGUCCGAGUACCGUGAGCGCGUGCGUGAGAAUCUGGAGGUGGGCUACGAGGUGCUGACCAUCCGCGCCACCGACGGCGACGCGCCCUCCAACGCCAACAUGCGCUACCGCCUGCUGGAGGGUGCGGGAGGCGUGUUUGAGAUCGACCCGCGCUCGGGCGUGGUGCGCACACGCGCGGCGGUGGACCGGGAGGAGGCGGCCGCCUACCAGCUGCUCGUGGAGGCCAACGACCAGGGCCGCAACCCGGGCCCGCUCAGCGCCACAGCCACCGUGCACAUCGUGGUGGAGGAUGAGAAUGACAACUACCCCCAGUUCAGCGAGAAGCGCUACGUGGUCCAGGUGCCCGAGGACGUGGCGGUCAACACGCCCGUGCUGCGCGUGCAGGCCAGCGAUCGGGACCAGGGGCAGAACGCGGCCAUCCACUACAGCAUCGUCAGCGGCAACCUGAAGGGGCAGUUCUACCUGCAUUCGCUGAGCGGCAGCCUGGAUGUGAUCAACCCGCUGGACUUUGAGGCCAUCAGGGAGUACACGCUUCGCAUCAAGGCCCAGGAUGGGGGCCGGCCUCCGCUCAUCAACUCCUCGGGGCUGGUCUUGGUGCAGGUGCUGGACGUGAACGACAACGCCCCCAUCUUUGUGAGCAGCCCCUUCCAGGCAGCCGUGCUGGAGAACGUGCCUCUGGGCCACUCGGUGCUGCACAUCCAGGCCGUGGACGCGGACGCGGGGGAGAACGCGCGUCUGCGCUACCGCCUGGUGGACACGGCUUCCGCCUCCGCGGGCGGCGGUGCUGGGCCUGGGCCCCAAGACCCCGCGGCGCCCGCGGACUUCCCUUUCCAGAUCCACAACAGCUCUGGCUGGAUCACGGUGUGUGCGGAGCUGGACCGCGAGGAGGUGGAACACUACCGCUUCGGGGUGGAGGCGGUGGACCAUGGCUCCCCGCCCAUGAGCUCCUCCGCCAGCGUGUCCAUCACGGUGCUAGACGUCAACGACAACGACCCGAUGUUCACGCAGCCGGUGUACGAGCUGCGUCUGAACGAGGACGCGGCCGUGGGGAGCAGCGUGCUGACCCUGCGGGCCCGCGACCGGGACGCCAACAGCGUGAUCACCUACCAGCUCACGGGCGGCAACACUCGGAACCGCUUCGCCCUCAGCAGCCAGAGCGGCGGCGGCCUCAUCACCCUGGCGCUGCCGCUGGACUACAAACAGGAGCGGCAGUACGUGCUGGCGGUGGCCGCGUCCGACGGCACGCGCUCGCACACCGCGCAGGUCUUCAUCAACGUCACCGACGCCAACACGCACCGGCCGGUCUUCCAGAGCUCACACUACACGGUGAGCGUCAGCGAGGACCGGCCGGUGGGCACCUCCGUUGCCGUCAUCGGUGCCACCGAUGAGGACACGGGCGAGAAUGCGCGUAUCACCUACGUGCUGGAGGACCCGGUUCCGCAGUUCCGCAUCGACCCGGACACGGGCACUGUCUACACCAUGACCGAGCUGGACUACGAGGACCAGGCCGCCUACACGCUGGCCAUCACCGCUCGGGACAACGGCAUCCCCCAAAAGUCCGACACCACCUCCCUGGAGAUCCUCAUCCUCGACGCCAACGACAACGCACCCCGCUUCCUGCGGGAUUUCUACCAGGGUUCCGUCUUUGAGGACGUGCCGCCGUCCACCAGCGUCCUCCAGGUGUCUGCCACGGAUCGGGACUCGGGCCCCAACGGCCGCCUGCUGUACACCUUCCAGGGUGGGGACGAUGGUGACGGCGACUUCUACAUCGAGCCCACGUCCGGCGUGAUCCGAACCCAGCGCCGGCUGGACCGGGAGAACGUGGCCGUGUACAACCUUCGGGCCCUGGCCGUGGACCGGGGGAGCCCAGCCCCGCUUAGCGCCUCGGUGGAAGUCCAGGUGAGCGUCUUGGACAUUAACGACAACCCCCCGGUGUUCGAGAGGGACGAGCUGGAGCUGUUCGUGGAGGAGAACAGCCCGGUGGGCUCUGUGGUGGCAAGGAUCCGUGCCAACGACCCCGACGAAGGCCCCAACGCCCAGAUCAUGUAUCAGAUCGUGGAGGGCAACGUGCCCGAGGUCUUCCAGCUGGACCUGCUGAGCGGGGACCUGCGUGCUCUGGUCGAGCUGGACUUUGAGGUCCGGCGGGAGUACGUGCUGGUGGUGCAGGCCACGUCUGCCCCGCUCGUGAGCCGGGCCACCGUGCACAUCUGCCUCCUGGACCAGAACGACAACCCGCCGGUGCUGCCCGACUUCCACAUCCUCUUCAACAACUACGUCACCAAUAAGUCCAACAGCUUCCCCACCGGCGUGAUCGGCCGCAUCCCGGCCCACGACCCCGACCUCUCCGACAGCCUCAACUACACCUUCCUGCAGGGCAAUGAGCUUCGGCUGCUGCUGUUGGACCCUGCCACCGGCGAGUUGCAGCUGAGCCGGGACCUGGACAACAACCGGCCGCUGGAGGCGCUCAUGGAGGUGUCUGUUUCCGAUGGCAUCCACAGUGUCGUCGCGCUCUGCACCCUGCGGGUCACCAUCAUCACGGACGAUAUGCUGACCAACAGCAUCACCGUCCGCCUGGAGAACAUGUCGCAGGAGAAGUUCCUCUCCCCGCUGCUGUCCCUCUUCGUGGAGGGCGUGGCCACGGUGCUGUCUACCACCAAGGACGACGUCUUCGUCUUCAACAUCCAGAACGACACGGACGUCAGCUCCAACAUCCUGAACGUGACCUUCUCGGCCUUGCUCCCCGGCGGCGUCCGGGACAAGUUCUUCCCGUCGGAGGACCUGCAGGAGCAGAUCUACCUGAACCGCACGCUGCUGACGGCCGUGUCCGCCCAGCGCGUGCUGCCCUUCGACGACAACAUCUGCCUGCGGGAGCCCUGCGAGAACUACAUGAAAUGCGUGUCCGUGCUCAAGUUCGACAGCUCGGCGCCCUUCAUCAGCUCCACCACCGUGCUCUUCCGGCCCAUCCACCCCAUCAACGGGCUGCGCUGCCGCUGCCCGCCCGGCUUCACGGGCGACUCCUGCGAGACGGAGAUCGACCUGUGCUACUCCAGCCCCUGCGGCACCCACGGCCGCUGUCGCAGCCGCGAGGGCGGUUACACCUGCGAGUGUCUGCAGGAUUUCACAGGAGAGCACUGUGAGGUGAACUCGCGCUCCGGCCGCUGCGCCAACGGCGUGUGCAAGAACGGGGGCACGUGCGUAAACCUGCUCAUCGGCGGCUUCCACUGCGUGUGCCCCCCCGGCGAGUUCGAGCGGCCCUACUGCGAGGUGACCACCAGGAGCUUCCCGCCCCGGUCCUUCGUCACCUUCCGAGGCCUGAGACAGCGUUUCCACUUCACCGUCUCCCUCGCGUUUGCCACCCAAGAGAGGAACGCCCUGCUGCUCUAUAAUGGCCGCUUCAACGAGAAGCACGACUUCAUCGCCCUGGAGAUUGUGGGCGAACAGGUGCAGCUCACCUUCUCAGCAGGUGAGGCUACCACAACGGUGACCCCGCAGGUCCCGGGGGGCGUGAGUGACGGGCGCUGGCACUCGGUGCAGGUGCAAUAUUACAACAAGCCCAACAUCGGCCGCCUGGGCCUGCCCCACGGGCCAUCUGGAGAGAAGGUGGCCGUGGUGACCGUGGACGACUGUGACACGGCCGUGGCUGUGCGCUUUGGCGGCCUCAUCGGGAACUACAGCUGCGCUGCCCAGGGCACACAGAGCGGCUCCAAGAAGUCCCUGGAUCUGACCGGCCCUCUGCUCCUGGGAGGCGUCCCCAACCUGCCCGAAGACUUCCCCGUGCACAACCGGCAGUUUGUGGGCUGCAUGCGGAACCUGUCCGUGGACGGGAAGAACGUGGACAUGGCCAGCUUCAUUGCCAACAACGGCACCAGGGCAGGUUGUGACGCUCAGAGGAACUUCUGUGAUCGGACGUGGUGUCAGAACGGGGGCACGUGCGUGAGCAGGUGGAACACGUAUGUGUGCGAGUGCCCGCUGCGGUUCGGCGGAAAGAACUGUGAGCAAGUCAUGCCUCACCCCCAGCGCUUCAGCGGGGAGAGCGUCGUGUCCUGGAGCGACCUGGACAUCACCAUCUCCGUGCCCUGGUACCUGGGGCUCAUGUUCCGGACCAGGAAGGAGGACGGCGUGCUGAUGGCGGCCACCGCAGGCAUGGCCUCCAGGCUGCGUCUCCAGAUCCUGAACAACCACGUCCAGUUCGAGGUGUCCCACGGCCCCUCGGACGUGGCAUCCAUGAGGUUGUCCAGGUCACGCGUGACUGACGGGAAGUGGCACCACCUGUUGAUAGAACUGAAGAGCGCCAAGGAAGGCAAAGACAUCAAGUACCUGGCGGUCAUGACCCUGGAUUAUGGGAUGGACCAGGACACGGUGCAGAUCGGGAACCAGCUUCCGGGGUUGAAGAUGAGAAGCAUCGUCGUGGGCGGCGUGUCCGAGGAUAAGGUCUCCGUGCACCGCGGUUUCCGGGGCUGCAUACAGGGGGUGAGAAUGGGCGAGACGUCCACCAACAUCGCCACGCUCAACAUGAACGACGCCCUCAAGGUCAGGGUGAAGGACGGCUGUGACGUGGAGGACCCCUGCUCCUCCAGCCCCUGUCCCCCGCACAGCCGCUGCCGCGACGCCUGGGACGCCUACUCCUGCAUCUGUGAUAAAGGGUACUUUGGAAGGAAGUGCGUGGACGUGUGCCACCUGAAUCCCUGCGAGCACGUGUCGGCCUGCGUGCACAGCCCCAGCUCCCCGCGGGGCUACGUGUGCGAGUGUGGAUCCAGCCACUACGGGCAGUACUGCGAGAACAAGAUCGACCUUCCGUGCCCCAAAGGCUGGUGGGGGAACCCCGUGUGUGGACCUUGCCACUGUGCCGUCGGCAAGGGCUUCGAUCCUGACUGCAACAAGACCAACGGACAGUGUCAGUGCAAGGAGAAUUACUACAGGCCCCCGGACCAGGAUGCCUGCCUGCCGUGUGACUGCUUCCCGCACGGCUCCCACAGCCGCGCCUGCGACAUGGACACUGGGCAGUGCGUCUGCAAGUCGGGCGUCAUCGGCCGUCAGUGCAACCGCUGUGACAACCCUUUCGCCGAGGUCACCAUGCUCGGCUGUGAAGUGAUCUACAAUGGGUGUCCCAGAGCAUUCGAGGCCGGCAUCUGGUGGCCGCAGACCAAGUUCGGGCAGCCGGCCGCGGUGCAGUGCCCCAAGGGAUCCACGGGGAAUGCAGUCCGGCACUGCAGUGGGGAGAAGGGCUGGCUGCCCCCGGACCUCUUCAACUGCACCACCGUCUCCUUCGUGGAGCUCAAAGCCAUGAAUGAGAAGCUGAGUCGGAACGAGACGCAGAUGGACGGCGAGCGGUCCCUGUGGCUGGCCAGGGCGCUCCGGAACGCCACACAGCACGCGGGCGCGCUCUUCGGCAACGACGUGCGGACGGCCUACCAGCUGCUGGGCCGCGUGCUGCUGCAUGAGAGCGGCCAGCAGGGCUUCGAGCUGGCGGCCACGCGGGACGCCCACUUCCACGAGGACGUGGUCCGCACGGGCAGUGCCCUCCUGGCCCCGGACACCCAGGCCGCGUGGGAGCAGAUCCAGCGGGGCGAGGCGGGUGCCGUGCAGCUGCUGAAGCGCUUUGAGGCCUACUUCGGGAACGUGGCGCGAAACGUGCGCAGGACCUACCUGAGGCCCUUCGUCGUCGUCACCGCCAACAUGAUUCUUGCCGUGGACAUCUUCGACACGUUCAACUUCACGGGAGCCAGGGUGCCGCGGUUUGAGGACGUUCGUGACGAGUUCCCGAAGGAGUUAGAGUCCUCUGUGUUCUUCUCGGCCGACUUCUUCAGACCCCCCGACAGGAAAGAGGGCCCCACGGUGAGGCCGGCCGGCCGGAAGGCCGCCCUGCAGACGGCGCCCCCGGGGCCCGGAACCGAGAGGGAGGCCCCGUUCAGGAGGCGCAAGAGGCACCCCGAUGAGCCGGGCCGGUUCGCCGUCGCCCUGGUCAUCAUCUACCGGACCCUGGGGCAGCUCCUGCCCGAGCACUAUGACCCUGACCGCCGCAGCCUCCGGUUGCCUAACCGGCCGGUCAUUAACACACCAGUGGUGAGUGCCGUGGUUUACAGCGAGGGGGCCCCGCUCCCCAGCCCCCUGGAGAGGCCCGUCCUGGUGGAGCACACCCUGCUGGAGACCGAGGAGCGCACCAAGCCCGUCUGUGUGUUCUGGAACCACUCCAUCACCAUCGGCGGGACCGGAGGGUGGUCGGCCAAGGGCUGCGAGCUUCUGUCCCGGAACCGGACCCACGUCGUCUGCCAGUGCAGUCACACCACCAGCUUUGCCGUGCUCAUGGAUGUCUCCAGACGAGAGCACGGGGAGGUCCUGCCCCUGAAGAUCGUCACCUACGCUGCCGUGUCCUUGUCCCUGACCGCCCUGCUGGUGGCCUUCGUCCUCCUCACGCUGGUGCGGACUCUGCGCUCCAACCUGCACGGCAUUCACAGGAACCUCAUCGGGGCCUUGUUCUUCUCCCAGCUGGUCUUCGUGAUCGGGAUCACCCAGACCGGAAACCCGUUCCUGUGCACGGUGAUCGCCAUCGUCCUGCACUACGUUUACAUGAGUACCUUCGCCUGGACCUUUGUGGAGAGCCUGCACGUGUACCACAUGCUGACCGAGGUGCGCAACAUCGACGCCGGGCCCAUGAGGUUCUACUACGUCGUGGGCUGGGGCAUCCCGGCCAUCAUCACAGGACUCGCCGUGGGCCUGGACCCCCAGGGCUAUGGAAACCCCGACUUCUGCUGGCUGUCCCUUCGAGACACCCUCAUCUGGAGCUUUGCCGGGCCCAUCGGAACGGUUAUAAUUGUCAACACAGUCAUUUUUGUCCUGUCUGCAAAGGUGGCCUGCCAGAGAAAGCACCAUUAUUAUGAAAGGAAAGGAGUCAUCUCCCUGCUGCGCACCGCCUUCCUCCUGCUGCUGCUCACCAGCGCCACCUGGCUGCUGGGGCUGCUGGCCGUGAACAGCGACGCGCUGACCUUCCACUACCUGUUCGCCGUCUUCAGCUGCUUGCAGGGUCUCUUCGUCCUCCUGUUCCACUGCGUGCUCAACAGGGAGGUCCGGAAGCACCUGAAGGGAGUCCUCGCCGGGAAGAAGCUGCACCCGGAUGACUCGGCCACCACGAGGGCCACCCUACUGACGCGCUCCCUCAACUGCAACCACACCUACAGCGAGGAGCCCAACAUGUUCCGCACGGCCCUGGGCGAAUCCACAGCCUCGCUGGACAGCACCAUCAGGGACGAAGGGGGCCAGAAGCUCAGCGUGUCCUCUGGGCCAGCGCGGGGUGGCCAUGGGGAGCCAGAUUCGUCCUUUGUCCCCAGGAGCACCAAGAAGCCCCACGGCCACGAUUCAGACUCGGAUAGCGAGCUGUCCCUAGAUGAGCAAAGCAGCUCUUACGCCUCCUCACGCUCAUCGGACAGCGAGGACGACGGGGUGGAGGCCGAGGACAAGUGGGAUUCGGCUCGGGGCCCUGUCCACAGCACCCCCAAAGCGGACACUGCAGCCAACCACAUCCCCGCCGGCUGGCCCAACGAGAGCCUGGCUGGGAGCGACAGUGAGGAGCCUGGUGACAAGCCGCGCCUGAAGGUGGAGACCAAGGUCAGCGUGGAACUGCACCUGGAUGAGCAGGGCAACCACUGCAGCGAGUGCCCCCCAGACCAGGAGAGCGGGGGCCCGCCGAGGCCUGCGGGAGUGCCCCCCAACCCGCCCCCUGAGCAGAGAAAAGUCUCCGCACCAACAGGCAUCUUGAAAAACAAAGUCACUUACCCGCCGCCGCUGACCGAGAAGAGCCUGAAGUCCCGGCUCCGGGAGAAGCUGGCCGAGUGCGAGCAGAGCCCCGCGCCAUCGCGUUCGUCCUCCCUGGGCUCGAGCGACGGGGCCCGCGCCCCCGACGGCGCCAUCACCGUCAAGAGCCCACGCCGGGAGCCGGGGCGCGAGCACCUCAACGGGGUGGCCAUGAACGUGCGGGCCGGGAGCGCCCAGGCCGCCGGCUCCGACUCCGAAGGCAGCAACGAAACCUCAAUCUGAACCAUCAGGAAAGCGGGACAUGAGCCCAGCGCCUCCGUCCAGGCCCCUGUGCUGCGUCAAGACACCCUUGGAGCCCAAGGGACCACGGCCUUUCCAGUGAAGCAGGCCCUGGCGGUGGGGGUCCCUGUGGCAGCAGCCCCCUGGCUGGUGUGACGGACGGUCUGGACACAAAGCUCUGGGCUGCCCCCAGGGGCUCAGGGCCCAGCUGACCCCUGACAAGUGCCAAAGGCCACAGGCACAAGGAGGCGUGGACUCCCGGAGGCUGGCACAGCUUGAUCCAGACCCAGAGCCGAAGCCGUGCGCCCGCGAGCCAGGAGCGGGCCCAGGCAAGAG